UUUUUCCGCUUUUUUGGCCCCAUUGUUAUAAAAACGAUGCUAAUAGCUAGAAGACAUCAAUCAACUUGCUUUCGUUGAGAACCAGUUACGAAGGACACAAGUGUUGCUUCAGUUAAUCAACGACCAAACAAGUCAACCCCGUUUGUGAUAAAGAAAAAAACAUACUUAGCACACGACUAUGAAUAGUGUUUACCUGGCGCUGGUUCUUUUACUGAGCAUAAGCCAUGUUUGCUCAGUAGAACGCUACAGUUUGAGUUAUAGUUACUUUGAUGAGAUGGCCCAGACUUAUUGUGCUUCGAAGAGUCCUGGUUGGGUGUUUGCAAUUAGAAGAAAUUGUCAUCAUGCGCCGACAUGCGAGGCUAUGUGUGCAGCUGCUAAAAGCUCUAUUCUAGGAACGAUCGCUCACCAGAGAAAGAACGUGUCAUGUUACGAUGCAUUCCAUAUCCCAAAGAAUCAUGCCCUUCUAAAAGCAAACCCUGGAAGUGACCAACCUGAUUCUGGAAAAGUUAAUAUAGGUACAUACGGAUACGGCAAAGGCGGAUGUACAUGGAGAGCAAAUCACUGCGGACCUAACUACUGUUGCUGUAAAGCGUUUUAGUCAACGAAUGUACGACUAUAUAAACACAGUAAAAAUUCAACAUGUAUCUUUUCAAUGUAUUCAAUAAAACUGAUACUGUCAUA